GUAUUCACGUGCCCAUAACACACAAUCCUGCUUCUGAUUCGGACCGCGUGCGCGUAUUUCCACGCAGCAAAUGUUCGUAUUUUUACAAAUAUCUGUGUCUGCAAUUCCGUAAGGUGGAAGAUUUUCUAGUCGGGCGACAUUGCAAGCCUGUCUGCUAGAUCUUUCUCUGUUGCCAUCGAAAUAGAUGACCCAAGGAAAUCGGACCAUCUUGGACUGUGCAUGUGUGAAGUAGUAUAACUCGUCAACACACGCGCAAAACGAAGAGCGCCCCACAGUAAUAGAGAACAUUGAGAACAUUGAACGUUACAUAAAAGAAACCUUGAAGAUGGAGGCGUACGGUGGAAAGGGGUUCCUUCGGAUUGUCGUAGUCCUAGUUGCCGUUACCUUACACGUGAGGGAUGUCUCGGUGGAUGCAUCCGUGUCGUUUGCCCUGAAGCUUCAUUCCUACAGUAAUCCCUCCAAUCGGGAAUCAGACGGGGACUGUUGCGACAACCUCUGGGGGAGUUGCUCCAAUAAGUGCGACAACAGAUUCAUUAUAUGUCUGCACCGACAGGAUUCAUCAACUGCUUUUCAUUUUUGCCAGUACGGUCUCGCCAUAACAGAUUUGGUUGCAGAUGGAGAAGAUGUCUUCAACUUCCCCUCACCUAUUCCAAAUGGAAUCUCAAAUCCCAUCAGAAGAAAUCUGGCGUCGUGGCCAGGUGGCAUCCGUGUCAAAAUAGAUGUCUGGGAUAGUGACAACAACAAUGAUGACCAUGUUGACUCGUUCGUUGAGAAUCUGAAUGUGGCAGCUGCAUCAAGCGAAGAUGUCGCAUCGCCCACCUCUUUUACUUUGGACGGCCCAGGAUAUGCCUCAUUGGUGGUUGAGCUCACUGCCUAUUGCGAUGCCACAUACUAUGGAUCUUCAUGUAACGUACAGUGCAUUCCUCAAGACAGCGACGAGGCAGGUCACUUCACCUGCAACCCAACCACCGGAGCUAAAGUGUGCCGUCCAGGGUACGCUGGUGACCUCUGCAAGGAAAACAUCGAUGAAUGUUCCUCUCAUCCCUGCUUGAAUGGCGGCAGCUGUGUAGAUGGUGUCAAUGACUAUCAGUGCACCUGCUUGGCAGGAUACGAGGGGACAAACUGCGAAACAGACAUUGAUGAGUGUGGCAGUGUACCCUGCAUGAAUCAAGGCUCCUGCGUUGACCAGCCCAACGGCUAUACAUGUAGGUGUUUACAGGGCUACGACGGCAUCCUUUGUGAGAAUGACAUCAAUGAAUGCUUGAGCUCCCCUUGCCUGCAUGGUGGCAACUGCAGCAACUUGAUUGGCAGAUUCCAGUGCAGUUGCCCAGUGGGUUACCAUGGUGAGCGGUGUGAGACUGACUUGGACGAGUGUCUAUCUGACCCUUGCAUGAAUGGCGGUGCUUGCACACAUGGAAUUGGGAGCUUCUCUUGUCUGUGCCAAGACGGCUUUGAGGGGGAUCGCUGCCAGGUCAAUAUCGACGAAUGCGCCAGUAAUCCUUGCCAUGCAGAAUCAAGCUGUGUGGACAGUGUCAACGGGUAUGAGUGCCUCUGCAUCGAAGGCUUUGCCGGUCCCACUUGUCAUGUGAAUGUAGAUGACUGCAUCAACGAUCCUUGUCAAAACUUAGGCACUUGUGUGGAUGGCAUCAACUCGUUCCACUGUCUCUGCUUGGCAGGGUACGAAGGGGACCUCUGCCAGACAAACGUUGACGAAUGUGCUAGUUCGCCUUGUCAGCAUAAUGGCACAUGUGUGGACGGAAUUGACAGGUUUGACUGCAUUUGUGCAGGAGGAUUUGAAGGUCUACUGUGUGAGGAUGAAAUAGACGCUUGCCUCAGUGGACCGUGUCAGAACGGUGCUUCUUGCAGCAGCAGGAGGGGUCAGUUCCACUGUGCAUGCCCUAUUGGUUAUGCAGGGGUUUACUGUCACGAGAACAUUGACGAGUGUUUGGGGUUUCCGUGUCAGAAUAAUGCAACGUGUGUUGAUGGAGUCGGCAGCUACGAGUGCCUGUGUCUUGCUGGUUUCUCCGGGCUGAACUGCGCUGUGAACGACGAUGAAUGUCUCUCGAGCCCUUGCUUGAAUGGGGCCACCUGUGUAGAUGUUGUGGAUGGGUUCACAUGUCUGUGUUCGGUUGGCUUCUUGGGUCGGACGUGUGAGACCAACAUUGACGAAUGUGCUUCGCGGCCUUGCGCAAAUGGCGGGACCUGUGUUGAUGGCAUUGGAAUGUUUCGCUGUGAUUGCCUCACUGGUUUCUUUGGGCUGACCUGUGAAACAAACAUCAAUGAGUGUGAGAGCAGUCCUUGUCAGAACAAUGCGCAGUGUGUUGAUGACCAUGGCCAUUACAUAUGCGUUUGUGCACUCGGCUUUGAAGGAGUUCACUGUGAGACUGAGGUGGAUGAGUGUGCUCCCCAACCUUGCCAGAAUGGUGCAACGUGUGUGGAUCAAGUUGGAAACUUCACGUGUGAUUGUCCCACGGGAUUCGAUGGCAGACAUUGCCAAAUUGAUCUAAAUGAAUGCGAGAGUGUACCUUGCCAGAACGGUGCUACUUGCAUUGACAGCCCGGGCAGCUUUGCUUGUUCGUGUGUAGCUGGAUUUGUGGGUCCAUCUUGCCAAACUAACAUUAACGAGUGUGCAAGCCAGCCUUGCAUGAAUAAUGGACACUGCGUCGAUGCUGUGAAUGGCUACCAGUGUAUGUGUCUGCCAGGGUAUGGUGGUGAUCAUUGUCAGACUAACAUUGAUGAAUGUGCAAGCAUGCCUUGCCUGAAUGGUGCAUCUUGCAUGGACAAGUUACACGGCUACGAGUGUACCUGUGUCCAGGGUUUCACUGGGGUUACGUGCGAAGUGAACAUCGAUGAAUGCUCCAGCCAGCCUUGCAUGAACGGAGGCACGUGCUAUGACCACAUCAACAGUUACCAGUGCGGCUGUCAGCGUGGGUUCGUCGGGAUUAAUUGCGAGAUGAGCGCCGACGAUUGCGGCCACCAGCCCUGCAUGCACAAUGGCACGUGCAAUGAUGGGCUGAACGAGUACAACUGCACCUGCCUGCCGGGCUUCGCGGGCGUAAACUGCGAGCUGAACAUUGAUGAGUGCCAGAGCAGCCCAUGCAGCAAUGACGGGACGUGCCUUGACAAAGUGAACAGCUUUGUCUGCAUCUGCAGCGCGGCGUUCAGGGGCAUCACGUGCCAGUACCCUGUCAUCACUUGUCUGGACUGGGACUGCCAGAACCAAGGGACGUGCGUGGAGACCGGAGAGAGCCAGCCUCGAUGUGAAUGCCAGGAGGGGACAUCAGGGGAACACUGUGAGAUUAACAGGAACGAAUGUCUGAGCUCUCCCUGUCUGAAUGGUGGCACCUGCCAAGACCUCAUUAAUGGAUACAGCUGUGAAUGUGACGCCCAGCACACUGGUCUUCACUGCGAGAUCCGGCAUCCCACGAGCCCCUGCCAAUCCUCACCCUGCAUCGACGGUUCGUGUGUUGAGUCCUCCUCAAGGCAGACCUUCAGCUGCUCAUGUCAGCCUUUCAUUAUUGGCAGAUUCUGCGAUAAAGUUGACGAAGCCAAGGUGUCAUUUUCUCUUCAACUCAAUGGACACCUUACACACACGGCCUCUAUUGCCCAGCGUCUUCAGCGGGUCAUUGAGGUCAGGAUGAAGGGCAGUGACCCCGUGGGUCCCGUUGAGGUCAUCAUCAUCUCAUUGGCAGAGUCCAACUCGUUACUGUCAAACGCCCCCUAUACCACCGUCAUGUUUUACGCACGCUUCAAUGGGACCCUCCAAUCGUCACAACGGCUCCAGGAUGUCUUCCAGAGUGCAUCCUCACAGGACAUUGAACUUCUCCUCUCGCCAUACAAGAUAUUCAAGGAGAAACCGCUGUCAGUGGCAGAGCAGAGCAAAUCAGAUCGCGGCAACAAAGAAAACAAGACCUGGCUGGCCUUGCAUUGGUACAUCAUUCCAAUUGUCAUUUUAAUUCUGCUCGUUUUGAUCCUGCUGCUGGUAGCAAGAGCCCUCUAUCGGAGGCGUCGUAGAGGGGAGUUCAUUCGUAGCGGAAACAUGACGGCCAACUUUGCCAACCCCGUCUACGCCCAGUACUCCCCAGCCCAGAUGGACGACCACGACCCGUGCGCGGUGCCCAUGGGAGGGCAUAAAUUCAUUAGCGGGACCGUCGUCAUGGAUCACAGUGACUUCACGGAUGUCCGAUUAAGCAACGGAUCGGCGACAAUGUCAACCUUUGUCCCCACUUGAGGGUAUCGUUCCCGCAGUGAAAUCUGUCCAAUAAUGUUCACAGUGCAAAUGCGUCCACCAUUUUUACUUAAAGUUGGACUGUCUUUUUCAGCUAUGUCUCUGUUUAGAAUUUAUUUCACCAAGUAAAGGAAUUUAGAGUUUGCAUAAAAUGCUUUGUGUAGCGAACUAUAAGCAAAUAGUUUAAAUAGGAAAGCAAAAUGCCUUAAAAACAUAAUGCACAAAACACCACAUUGCACAUUCCAAUGUUAUGUGUUCGAAAAACACACUGUUUUUCAAUAUUUGAAUGUAUUUUACCAAGCAGUAAAGUUCUGUAACAUUCCAAGCGGUGGCAACUCAAAACUUUCGUAAAUGACCACUUUUUUGUCACACCUAUUUCUUCAGUGUAACAACUAACAACAUUGUCUUGUGUCAAUACAACUAAUUCUGAAAUACUUACAAAUCAAACGCUUACUGUUGAAUUAAUUUAUUGCUCUGUAGAUCACAAAUACUUAUCACAGCUUGUACGUAAUUAGUGAUUACAAAGUGCAGGCAUUUCCAAAAUGUGCAUUUUUUAUACAUAAAUUAUUUAUGAUAUACGCAAUUUGCACCCAACUUGUUUUGUACCAAUAUAAAUGUGCCAUUUUUAUACUCAAGCACCCCAUCCCCUUAAUGUUAAUCUCUGUACACGUACAUAAUAUUUUCCGUAGUUAGGCAGAACAUUAGGGCAUGACCGAUUACCCUCCGGCAAGUGAUCUUGAGGUCUUAAUGUGACGAUUUCCUUAUUACCAUUCAUUGUCUGCAUGUUGUGCCUUUUAUAUGAUUGUAAAUACAUGUCAUUUGAAAUCUGAACUUACAAUGUACAUACUUGGGAGAAUUUUCUGGCUUCAUCUCAACUAGUAUUUUUGUUUUCAAAUUAUUGAUAUGAUCAAGUAGUCCUGAAGCCUCAGAUCUACUAGGGAGUCUAUGGCUCAUUUAAAGGUCAUGUAGAUGAUAGGACAAAGCAUCCUGCUUGAGGACACAAAGCAACUGGGUCAUUCCAUGAGGUUGGAGCACAAUUUGUGACGGUGUCACUUGCUACAUCCGCAACUUUUACCGCCUGUCAUGACCUAUAGAGUAGGUUUUUAAUUUUGAAAAAAUAAAACACAUCUCUGUAUUCAGCCUUGCAAGAUGUAUAACAAUGUCAAUUUGGAAUCCACAUGCAGGGAAAUAACUGUUCAUUUUUAUGGAACCCAUGUAACAACUGACACUGUCACAAACUGUGUCCCAUCCUCAUGGAAUGACCCAGCUCACAUCGUGGUCCAAUGAUAGAGGUUGCUCACAAUCUGUGCUGAAGGUCUUCGGACAUGACACACAUUUAACUGAAUUCUGUAUGCUUGUAUAAAAACUGCAGGCUUAGUCUUGUCUAACAAAUGUUGGGAUUUUCUUGUUUCUUUGGGAUUUCUUUUCUAUAAAAGUGAAGAUGUACAUGCAGUAGUGAUAUCCAUGUGCAUUUAUGAGAAAACAAAUUUGGUCUUUUUUUCAACUGUCCAAGUCACCCAAAGAGCUAAGAUUUGUGUCUGCAAGUGAAGAUGUUAACAGAAUCACCAAAGUCUAUUGGCAUACAAGAACGAUUCACAACCUACGCCAAAGUCAAAUACUUGGCUCAAAAAGUUGCAGAGGGACCCUCCCCAUUCCCUGGGGAUCCAGGUGUUCCUUGAUGUGAUGGAUGAUCAAAAUGUAUGUACAUAUUUAAAUUGAUUAUUAUCUGUUGAAGAUGCUGCUACAGUAGUGUAUAUAAAUAAUUGAAUGCACUGAUAGUGUGAAACAUAAUAAAAUGUAGUGCUGAUGAUGAUGUACCUUGCAGUUCUAGCUCCAACGCGGGCAAAGAUUUCUGAGUAAUGUAACAAAUUGUGUUCCCAAGCAACAAUCUGACAAUGUACCAUCCACUCAGAAUAUCUGCUUAAACAUGUGAGCAUUACCAAAUUUGGCAAACAGGAAUAAUCAUCUCGGCAGGCAUAUGCUAUAAGAUUUUCCACAUUAACUAGUGUGAGAAAAAACAAGUGAAUUUGAGCUAAUUAUUUAAUAAUCCGUAAUUGAUAUGUAGUUGUAUACCACUGGGAUUCUAUUUAAUUUUAUACCUGUAUACAUAUUAUGAGCUUAAAUGAUACGUCCACCUUGAUGGAUAGCUUAUAAUAAAAUGCGAGAAAGUGAA